AUGCCUGAGAACCUCCCCUUCCUCAAAGGAAUGUCUGACUGGCUGGCUCACUCCAUCCGCCUGCUGCUGGAGUACACGGGCACGGCCUACGAGGACAAGCUGUACAGCUGCGGGGAAGCUCCGGACUAUGAUAAGAGCCAGUGGCUUAACGAGAAGGAGAAGCUGGGCUUGGAUUUCCCGAAUCUGCCCUACCUCAUUGACAGCAAGACCAAGCUCACGCAGAGCAAUGCCAUCCUGCGCUACCUCGCACGCAAGCACAAGCUGGGCGGGGAGACGGAGGAGGAGAUGCUGCGAGUGGACAUGCUGGAGAACCAGGCCAUGGAUUUCCGCAUGAGUCUCGUCAUGAUCUGCUACAACCCUGAGUUUGAGAAACUGAAGCCUGGCUACUUGGAGCAGCUGCCGGGGAAGCUGAAGCUGUUCUCCCGGUUCCUGGGGGAGAGGAAGUGGUUUGCUGGGGAGAAGAUCACCUUUGUCGACUUCCUCAUGUACGACGUCCUGGAUCAGAACCGCAUGUUGGAGCCCAAGUGCCUGGAUCCUUUCCAAAACCUGAAGGGUUUUCUCGACCGCUUUGAGGCCCUGGAGAAGAUUGCGGCCUACAUGUGCUCCAGCCGCUACAUGAAGACGCCCAUCAACAACAGGAUGGCCAAGUGGAGCAACCAGAAGUAGAAGAUGGGUGUGGAGGACAGGGGCAGUCUGGAGCGCCUGAGCGCUGUUUGGGGGGGGCUCCUGCAGAUGGGCUCUGGGGGGGAGGGGGGGUGGAAGUUGAGUACGAAGCGGCAGCUUUGGUGAAUUGCAGACGCCAAAUGCCUGCGGCAGCCUUGCUCUGUAGCGACCGGCCAGUAAACGUUUAGGAAUUGCACAAUGGUUCCCUCUUGCUGAAUAGCCAUCGCCUCCCUGGGAGGAAACCAGUGUCUGAGUUAAUAGAGUGGCAAAGAGCCAUGAAGCCAACCCCACAGUGGAGCUCUGACGGGAGCACAGCCGAGUCCUGUUUUGGCGUUCACAGCUCUGCAGGAGCAGGAGAGCAGCACGGGAAGAACCAAACGGAUGCUGCGUUUCUUGGGGAGAACAUGCUCUUGGUAGCUAAGUCUCGGGGGGCAGCUGUUAGUCUGUAAGUUUAAAAACACAAGUCGUCUGGUAGCAUCUUCGAGACUAACAAAAUACAGAGGUUGUCUCAUGGGCUCUGCCACGUCUGUAUUUUUUGUUACUCUCGAAGAUGCUACAGAGCGACUCGUGUUUUUAAACUUAGACUAAGGUGAACUUUUUGGUUGACGCUCUCAGCCUAACAGCAUCCGCCUGAGGGCUCCAGCCCGACUUGUCCAGCCAGUGUUGCAGGGUGGCUUCAACGGGCUGUUAGUGUAGAUCCCCGCCAAGGGAAGAGUCUCUGGCCUGUUUCUUGUUCCAUGCUUAUUGGUGUUCAGAGCCCUGCUUCCUGGUGUCCAAAUGCUGUCCCUGGUCCCUCUUGCCUUGAGGAGUGUGGGGGCAGUGAUGACCAGGCUGGGUUGUGUUGCAUAAAUUGCUGGUUUCAUCCCCUUGGAGGCUAGUCUGAUUUACCCCAAGAAGAGAGUCACACUUUCAGGCUGGGUCCAACUCAAGUUUAUUGGUUGCAACCAAGGUAUGGCUAAGGAACUCAAUGUUCAAAGCAGAGCCGACCCCCAACUUCGGUAAGCAAGGGGUCUUAUAGGGUUAACAUCCUUCCUGGUUUAGGUGCCUUAACAUGAUAGGUUACUUCAUUUUUGACAUUUAGCAUUCUUAUAGGUCAGGUUAAUUUUCCAAAUGAGGUUAAAUACAGUGCCUACUUGCUGACUUUGCGGUUACAGUUGUGUUACAUUUAUUCAUUUUGCUGAGCAAUGGGCGAGCCACACUUCCCUUUUUGCUUCCCUGCUUGAGCCUGUCACAAGUUAAAGCAUGUGGAAUAUAUCCAUAUCUCCACUUAACAGGAGACUGGUUUCACUUCCCAUCGUCCCUUAUUAGGUGUUGUUUUUGCGACAGGCCUUGACCAUUAUCAUGUCUUACUCCUAUACAAAUAGCAAAUAUACCUAAGCAUUAGCAAUGUAUGUAUGUUGUACGUGCCCCUCAUAGGGGAAUCAGUAGCUCCAGGGGAUUUGACUUCCCUUUUACACAUCAGUUGCCCUGGCACCUAAAGGACCUGCAUCCUCUGAACCUGCAGGGGAGUUCUCCUGGGCCGCCAUUAGUUCUCUGCAGGGGCCCAUUGUUGUAUCUACUUGUCAGCUUUAGUGACUGGGAGUUGGUGGGGAGCUGGUGGUGGAAGACUUGAUGCUACAUUAGGAAAUAGGUUGGCAGGCCUUGGUGUUUUUUUUUUUUUUUUUCCAGAGC